AAAAUCCACCCACCACCCACCAUACACUAAAGACCAUCCUGGGAUAACAAUGGAGUCUUCAGCCAUUGAUCCAGGUGUUAUCAAUGAGAAGAUGCUUCGGGUUGCUAUUGAAGAGCAAGGAUACCGUGGUGAAGCACAGAGAUUGUCGCAGUUGGAGCCCAUUAAUUACGCCAAAAUUACAAGCAUUCGACUAGAAUUUCUAAACAUACUAAAAAUAGACCACUUGUGGGUACUCACAAAUCUAACAAAAUUGUCAUUAAACUACAAUAAAAUUGAUAAAAUUGAAAAUUUGCACAUGCUGACGAAGCUAACGGACUUAGAUCUCUCAUUUAACUAUAUCGAGAAGAUUGAAAAUUUAGAGAAACUCACACAAUUGGAAGUUAUCAGUUUGUAUUCGAAUCGCAUUCAGCAAAUUGAGAAUCUCCACCAUCUGGAGCAUCUGCAGAUAGUCAGUUUGGCAAAAAAUUGCAUUAAGACGUACGAUGGCAUUGAGAAAUUGAGAUUUCUCAAGAAACUCUCCGUUAUCAACUUGGAGGACAAUCCAAUUUCUCGAGAUCUAGACAAUCCCACCAGUGAGUACGUGGCGGCCUUUCUACCCCAAAUUAAAUACUACAAUUACACCCUAAUUGCUGAUGAGACGCGUGCAAGUGCCAGAGAGAAAUACUCUCGCGAACUGCGAAAACUCGAGGAAAUUGAAAGUGAGGAAAAAGUGUUGCGUGAAAAAAUCGAAAAGGACGCCAAGGAAGAAGUACUCCUUAGACAAUGCUUCGUGGAAUUUCUGAAUCGUCAUCAGUUAUUCGACUCUCUCUUUGAUGCCUCAGACUCCGUGCUUAAUGUUGACGAGAAGGCUAUUGGGCUUCGCAUGGAGUUCAAGGAUCGCUAUUUAAGCAUUGCUGAGGAGUUAAGAAAAGUUGGAGUGGACGAGGACAAAAGGCGUCAGGUUGAAAUUGCUGAAUUCAGGAAAUGCAUCGAAGAAGCUCGAACAGAAACUCAGAAAAAAGCUCAAAUGCUUAUUGAAAAAUAUUUGGAGGAAAAGGAAGAAAAUACUCUGGAUGCUUCAUGCAUCGCCGAACGUCUGGAUGAGAUGUGGAAGUUCUUGAUGGAAGAGGAAGUGCUUCUGUUCGAAAACAUUGAGGCUGGGAUUGAGACUUUUCGGUCCAACAUGGAGCACAUGAUUGAAGAAUUCUUCCACAAAGCCCAAAUAUGCCUGAAUAAGAUCAGGGAAGCUGAUACUUUGUACCUGGAUGCUCUAGAAGAGUCCGUUACAGAAUUCAUCAUGCUGAAAAUUACGUCGUCAAGGGAAAAUGAGAUUCCAACGGAUCUUAAGGACACAGACUCAAUUGCAAGUCGCAUUAUUCAGAUGGGUCAGAGGCAUAGGCUCAAAAUUGAUGAGAUCAAGAGAGUACUCAUGGAGAGGGCUAAGGCUUGGGUUAAGGAGUUCAUUAAGGGACUGCAUGAGGAAGAAGUACAGAGGAAUCGAGCCAAGAUUAUCGAAAUCAACUAUUUUCUGGACUACGAGAGAGAGAAACAUGACGCAAAUCUCGUGUAAAAUUUUAUUGCUGCAAUAAUAUCUUUA